GAUAGUAGUGAUUAGUUAAGUUUCUGUACUAAAAAAAAUUUUCAUGUUUUUCAAGUCUGAAUACCUACACUACACUAACUAAAUUUGGUUAAUUUUUGAACUGUACAAAAUAUAUUAUUAUUUAUUAUUAACAAAUUUAUUUAGAUUUAUGUCAAUUUGCUUGUGAAUCCUUUGCCAAUAAUGACUCUGUAUCAUUUUGGUAAUUGUGUAAUUUUAUUAUAUAUACCAUACUAUUUAACUUAUAAAUAUGCAAAUUUGUAAGUAUAUUGUGUUGAGCAAUUAGUUGUAGUCUUUUCAUAUGAUUCUGUUUUUAGAUCUGAAUAUGGAGCAUUUUGGAAGUGUAUACAAGGUGGUAUUAUCUAUGCAUUUACCCAAUUGUGUAAAAUGUUAAUACUGGCAACAUUUUUCCCAGCUAACGAAGCAUCUAUAAACACUUUAAGUUUUUCAGUAAUAUCAAUAUACAAUUCACUAAUCAUUUAAAAUUAUAGAGGUUUUAUAAUUGAUUAAUUUUUUUUAGAAUUUUUUUAAAAGUUCUGUUGACUUAGCAGACAUUGUUGGUAUUUACAUGAUAUUACAAAGCAUCCCUGGUAAGGGGCAUUCCAAGGUAAUGACUGCUGGUAUUGGCUGGGCGGGUGCUGAAAUAUUAUUAACAAGAUUUCUACUCUUAUGGGUAGGGGCAAGAGGCACUGAAUUUGAUUGGAAGUACAUCCAAAAAUGUCUAGAAUCUAACAUAAAUUUGGUAAUUUGUUUACACUUAUUAAUAUGUAUGGUUAAGUUUAACUAUCUAAUAUAAUUUUAUACUUGGAAUAAAUAUCCCCUUACAGUAUAUGUCAUAUAGUUUAAAUUUAUUCAGUAGACAAUUUAUCCAAAUAACAUGUAGAAUUUAAAAAUAUCCAUACUAAAAUAUUACAAUUACAAAUAUCUAAAAUGCUAUAAUUUGCCUGAUUGAUAAUGUUUUGUUAAAAUACCCAGAGAAAACAAAUUUUUUCCCUUUAAAUUUGCUUAUGGGUGUUAAAACUUGAAUUUUUUUCAACUUUAAUCUCAAUAUUAUAAUUUAAGUUCAAUGUGAUGUUAUUUUGCAAUAUUUCCUGUAUAAUAUAUAUGCCAUAUAGGUGUGACAUCUUAAUUAACUGGGGCAAGAAGUUGUCCUAUAAAACAAAAAAAAAACCAUUCAUUUUAUUUUGAAUAACUAUUUAAAAUUUUAUUUUGUAGUUGUAGAUUUUAUAAUAUAAUUUAGUACAUAAAUUAAUAGUACACUAUUAAAUUCAACAUUAAAUGAUGUUAUUUUGAAGUUUAGUUGAACAAAAAAUUAUCAGGAGAAAUCUUUUAUUUUUCUACAAAAUCAACAAUUGAUAAUAUUCAUUGUUAUUUAUUUUUAUUAUAUUUAGAUGCAUCAUAUUAUGACUGCUGCAUUAGUUUGGCUGCUGUCCAGGCAUGACUUGUCAAAAUUACAAUCAAAAUUUUCACCAUUUGCUGCUGUCAUUAUUCUUCUGUUACUGUCUGUAUAUCGUACAGUGCUUAUAGACUCUUUUUCUACUUGGCUUUUAAUUGAUCCCUGGUCAAUAAUUGCCAUUAAAGGGCUAUACACAAUUGUUCUGGGUUUAGUUAUGUUAAAUUAUUAUACCAGACUUUCAACAUUAAUUGGAAUGUAUUGAAGUAUUAAAAUAAUGAGUUUAGUAAAUAUGUUCAAAAUAAAAAUAUGCAUUUAUAACAGUUUUAUUCUUUAUUAUUUUAUAAAUUAUUUUUUAAAAAAAUUGUUUACAAUAUACAUGUAUAUAAACAAUAGAAUAUUUCAAAGUAUUAGAUAAUAAAUUAAAAGUUUAUCUGGGUGUAGAAUGUUAAAACUGUUAUAGAGAUAUAUUCUCUAUCGAGAUCAUAAAUAUUUCCCAAAUAAUAAAACAAUAUAAGUAACUAAUAUAUAAACAUAUAGUAUA